CGAUGACUAUGUUUGAAAAUGUCACCCGGGCCCUGGCCAGGCAACUAAACCCCCGAGGGGACCUGACACCCCUUGACAGCCUCAUUGACUUCAAGCGCUUCCAUCCCUUCUGUCUGGUGCUGAGGAAGAGGAAGAGCACGCUGUUCUGGGGGGCCCGGUAUGUCCGCACUGACUACACCCUCCUGGAUGUGCUGGAGCCCGGCAACUCACCUUCAGACCCAACAGACACUGGCAGCUUUGGCUUUAAGAAUAUGCUGGACGCCCGAGUGGAGGGCGAGGUGGAUGUGCCAAGGACGGUGAAGGUGAAGGGGACUGCAGGGCUGAAGCUGGCAGCAGAUCACCCGUUCCUGAAGGAGAUGCGGGACCGGGGAGAGAACCUGUACGUGGUGAUGGAGGUGGUAGAGACGGUGGAGGAGGUCACUCUGGAGCGGGCCGGCAAGGCAGAUGGCUGCUUCUCCCUCCCCUUCUUUGCCCCGCUGGGGUUACAGGGAUCCGUAAACCACAAGGAGGCUUUAACCAUCCCCAAGGGCUGCGUCCUGGCCUUUCGAGUGAGACAGCUGAUGGUCAAAGGCAAAGAUGAGUGGGACAUCCCCCACAUCUGUAAUGAUGACAUGCAAACCUUCCCUCCUGGAGAAAAGCCAGAAGAGAAGUUCAUCCUUAUCCAGGCAUCUGAUGUUGGAGGGGUACAUGAAGGCUUCAAGACGCUAAAAGAAGAAGUUCAGAGAGAGACCCACGAAGUGGAAAAGCUGAACCGGGUGGGGCAGAGCUCCCUGCUCAGCUCCCUCACCAGACUUCUAGGGAAGAAAAAGGAGCUACAAGACCUUGAACUUGAGCUCGAAGGGGCUCUAGACAAGGGACAUGAAGUGACACUGGAGGCACUCCCGAAAGACAUUCUGCUAUCAAAGGAGGUUAUGGGUGCCAUCCUCUACUUCCUUGGAGCACUAACAGAGCUAAGUGAAGCCCAGCAGAAACUGCUGGUAAAAUCCGUAGAGAAGAAAAUCCUACCUGUGCAGCUAAAGCUGGUGGAGAACACAAUGGAACAGAAUUUCCUCCAAGAUAAAGAGGGUGUUUUUCCCCUGCAACCUGAGCUCCUCUCCUCCCUUGGGGAGGAAGAACUGACCCUCACUGAGGCCCUGGUGGGGCUGAGUGGCCUGGAAGUGCAAAGAUCCGGCCCCCAGUAUAUGUGGGACCCAGACACCCUCCCUCGCCUCUGUGCCCUUUAUGCUGGCCUCUCCCUCCUUCAGCUGCUGACCAAGGCAUCCUAACUCGCCCUUUCCAUCUGUGUGUUCGUGGUUUCCAAAUAUCUUCCCAACCUUAUCAUGCUGUGUCCUUAACACACAAGGGUAUUUCAGGGCCAUUAGUGUGAGAAUGACUGAAAUCCUAGCAGGUCACCAAC